CGCGUUUAACCAUUCGCUCUCAACCCUUUUUCCUUUCCUUGCUCCAUUGUACAAUUUCUGACAUUCCACCCAUAACCAUCUCUUUUGCUUCUAUCCACUCCUUCCAUCAGAUCCUUCUCACUCUCUUUCUGUGCUUCCUCCACUGUUAACAGCAAAGGCGAAACAAGGCCCAUUCUCCAUCACGCCCCCAUCGCAGCCUUUCGUUCCACUCCAUUUCUUGUACCUUUGUAUAACGCGAACAAUGGUCGGACUCACCUCUGCAGCUGGAGUUAUCGCACUCCUCGAUGAACAUGAUGACGACCUCAAGGUGUAUGCCCUGCAGAAGCUCAAUGGUCUUGUCGAUCAGUUCUGGGCAGAGAUCUCGGACGCAGUGUCGAAAAUCGAAAUCAUGUAUGAAGACACUGAGUUCAAAGAUCGGCAACUAGCAGCACUGGUCGCCUCCAAGGUCUACUACCACCUGGGCGAGUUUGAUGACUCCCUCAACUUUGCUCUUGGCGCUGGAAACCUCUUUGAUCUCUCGUUAAAGUCGGAAUACGUUGAUACCAUCGUCUCAAAGUGCAUCGACAAGUAUAUUGCUUUGCGAGUCCAAGAACAACAGGACCCGCAGAACGCAGAACCUAUGGAUCCCAGACUCCAGGAGGUUGUGGAAAAGAUGUUUGAUCGGUGCUACCGGGAUGGCGAGUACAAGCAGGCUGUUGGCAUUGCAUUGGAGGCACACCGCCUAGAUGUUGUUGAACACUCGAUCAAAGCCGGCGGACCCUCCAACAUUCUUCCGUACGUUUACGAGUUGACAAUGACGGUCGUCUUGGACCAGGCAUAUCGCAACACGCUCCUGCAGCUUCUCGUCGGGCAAUUCCGCAAGUUGGAGGAGCCCGACUAUGUCGCCAUCAACCAGUGCCUCGUCCACCUUGGUGAUUAUCAGGCUAGUGCAGAGCUGCUUCAAACCCUUGUCGAGUCGGGCGUACAGUCCGACUUGCUGAUGGCAUAUCAGCUUGCCUUUGAUCUGGAAAAUAAUGCUACUCAAAAGUACCUCACAAAGGUCGCCAGUGCUCUCCCCACGGAGCCUGGAGAGACUACGCAGGCCAAGCUCGACAAGGCCAAAUCCAUUUUGUCCGGAAAGGAGACCAUCAAGCUGCAACUCGAGUUCCUUUGCCGUAACAACCAUACGGACAUGUUGAUUUUGAAAAAUUCCAAGACGGUUCUGGACGCUCGUCUCUCAAUCUAUCACUCUGCGGUGACAUUUGCAAACGCGUUCAUGAACGCUGGAACCACAAGCGACGACUUUUUGCGACAGAAUCUGGAAUGGCUCUCUCGUGCUACCAACUGGUCCAAGUUUAGCGCGACUGCUGCGCUGGGAGUCAUCCACAAGGGCCAUCUUUCUCAAGGACUGUCGCUGUUGGCGCCAUACCUCCCUCAGGAGGGUGUCACUGCCAGCCCUUACUCUGAGGGCGGUUCACUCUUCGCUCUUGGACUCAUCCAUGCUAAUCAUGGCGACGAAGUACUUGAAUAUCUCCGUGGUGUCCUCAAGAACACCCAAAUCGAAGUCUUGCAGCAUGGUGCUUGUCUGGGUCUCGGAACUGCUGGAAUGGCCACUGACAAUGAUGACAUCUAUGAGGAGUUGAAGAACGUCCUCUUCAGUGAUAGUGCUAUUGGUGGUGAGGCAGCCGGACUUGCAAUGGGCAUGGUGAUGCUCGGUACAGCUUCAGAGAAGGCGUUGGAUGAGAUGCUGCAAUAUGCUCAUGAGACCCAGCACGAAAAGAUUAUCCGAGGAUUGGCUGUUGGCAUCUCUCUGGUUAUGUACGGCAAGGAGGAUGCGGCCGAUGCGCUGAUCGAGCGCCUUUCGGCAGACAAGGAUCCCAUCAUGCGUUACGGAGGAAUGUACACCAUUGCCAUGGCAUACUGCGGUACUGGAAACAACAAGGCUAUUCGGCGUCUUCUCCACGUCGCUGUUAGCGAUGUCAAUGAUGAUGUGCGACGUGCAGCUGUCACUGCUCUCGGAUUCAUCCUGUUCCGUUCUUACAAACAAGUUCCUCGUAUCGUGCAGCUUCUUGCAGAAAGUUAUAACCCUCAUGUACGAUAUGGUGCAUGCCUGGCUCUCGGAAUCUCUUGUGCUGGAACAGGGUUGAUGGAGGCUAUCGAGCUACUGGAGCCCAUGACCAAGGACAAUGUUGACUUUGUUCGUCAGGGAGCGUUCAUUGCCUUGGCCAUGGUCCUGAUGCAACAGAACGAAGUGCAGAAUCCAAAGUCAGCUACGGUGCGUACGAUGUACGAGGAAGUCAUUAAGAAGAAGAAUGAGGACGCAUUGGCCAAGUUUGGCGCAGUCCUCGGUCAGGGAAUAAUCGAUGCUGGUGGACGGAAUGUCACGAUCUCUAUGCAGUCUCGCUCUGGACAUUCGAACAUGCCUGCCAUUGUCGGCGUUGCGCUCUUCACUCAGUUCUGGUACUGGUUCCCCGCCAGCCACUUCCUCAGCUUGGCCUUUACCCCAACCGCCUUCAUCGGAGUGAACGCGGACCUCAACAUGCCCGAGAUUGAGUUUACGUCAAACGCGAGGCCUUCGUUGUUUGCUUAUAUUCCACCAACCAAGCCUCCAACGGCGGCAGUCGUUGAAAAGGUCGCGACUGCAGUGCUUUCAACAACAGCCAAAGCUCAUGCUAAAGCAAAGAAGGCAAAGACUGCAGAGACUGACGCCAUGGAUGAAGACGAGAAGCCGGAAGAGAAGCCCGAGGAGCCGAAGGAUGACGAGGCCAAGGCUGCUGUUAAGCCUAAGAAGGAGCCCCAGUCUGAAAAGCUGGGUAACCUGGCACGUGUGGUCCCAGCUCAGCUCAAAUACAUAUCGUUCGAUAAAGAGGCACGCUAUGUCCCUGUCAGAAAGGACUUUACGGGAGGCAUCGUUGUACUUCUGGACAACAGGAGCGGGGAGCCAGAGACCCUCAUUGCCACCACAGCCGCAACUGCGCCUGCAACAGCUCCAACAGUUGAUUCUAAGAUGGAGGUAGAAGAGGAGGAAGCGCCCGUUCCAGAGCCUUUCACCUAUCCCUUCGACCAGUAAUGAAACGUAGACAGAACGGCGUCCUCUUGGCUGAUCAUUACCAUUGUCCAGGGGUCAAGCUGAUAAGCAACCAAUAAAUGUGUCCUUGAAAGGACAGUCUCCAUGUAAUGCAUGAGCAUGAAGGAAC